UGACUUGUGUCACACUUGUAUUUGACGGUUCGGCGAGACUAGCCUAGAGGUUUUAGACCAUCAUAUAUAUUUUUAGUUCUUGGCCCAGCUACAUGCUAUAUACGUAAAGCCUAUACACGUACACCCAGGUAUAUGGGACUGGAUACGUAAUAUAACAGAACAGUUACACAGCUGUGUUUCGUCACAUUAGGGCUAAGGUCGACUUUCCGCUCCACACCAAUCUGGGCACAGCGCAUAGCGACAGUGAAAAUUGCAUGUGUGGGAUUCAUACCUUCCAGUGGACGGUUGCUUCCAGACUUAGACCUCCCCCGUACGGUGUGCCCGGUACGGUGGCACAGCACUUCCCCCCGACGUCAGUACCUGAAGCAGGGAGGACUAUCAGCUGUUUGCUCCCGGGCAGCCCAUCCCCUUGUGUAAAUCUCAGCCACGUGUGGACAUCCAUCAAUUUACACUGAAGCAUUGCGCCUGAGACUCCCACACGAUGUUGUCAACGAUGGGGAUAAGCGUGAUGGAGACGAGUUCGAUGAUGUCGAACAGUAACACGAGUUCCGACGGCACCACCAUGAGCCGUUCCUCAGGGUACACGACUAGUGAGAUCGUGUCCAGUGUGCAGGAAACCAUCCUAGAAGAGCCAGAAAGCCCUACAAAGAAAGAUAACUUUUUCAUAGAAGACGUGAAGAGGAAGACUGGUGACAAGCUGGAUGGGCCUGAUCAGAAACGCAGAUUGAUUUUAGACGAGGAUCAUUUCGAAGAGACUUUCUUGAAAUGUGCUAUAUGUCGCGAGAAUUAUGACAACCAGGUGAGAACACCCAAGAUGCUCCCUUGUCACCACACCUUCUGUCAAUCCUGUCUCCUAGAAAUGUUUCGAGUAGAAUGCGAAUUCCGUGUGGCUCUGACAUCAGCCUACAGGUCACAUCUUCCAUCAGCAGUUAAAAUCCAGUGCCCAAGCUGUCGCGACUCGUUCAUCAUCGGAGAAGAAGAAUUAAAGAAUUUACCGAAGGAUAUUACAGUUCUACAGCUGACCAAUUUCGUGACAGAGGCGGAAAGUUGUACAGUGUCGUUUUGCCCCAACCACGCUUCCCAACCCCUGAAUUUCUUCUGUGAUGAGUGCUUCUCUCCAGUUUGUUCGGAGUGCACCGCAAAGGAACACGCCAUACAAGACGGUCACAACGUGAUGAAUAUAUCAGAGGCCAUGAAGAAAUACUCACCGGAAAUCGACGAGGCUCUUCACGAUCUUGAGAACCAAUCAGAUUCCGUGGUGGAAGCGCGUGCUGCCUUGGAAACGGCUCUGGAGAACUUGUCUGUUGCCGAAACGGAAAUUGUCAACGACAUUCACGCCACAUUCGAGAAGUUCCACUCAAUUGCAACCCAGCGCGAGAAAGAUUUGGUGCAAAUAUGCGAGCGCGAAAUCGGCCGAAAGCGCCAAGUUCUGGAAGAAAAACUUGAAGUUGUGAAACGACAUCAAAAUAACAUGACAUCAUCUCGCGAUCAGAUGGUGUUGGCAAAAGAAGCCGAAGAUGUAGAUCACAUUUUCCGACAGCAUAAAGCCAUCAAGGAAACCUUAGCGGAUCCAGUCGAACUUCCUACGUACGACAAAGAACAAUUCUCGGCCUUAUUCCGAUUCGAGUCCAACGAUCAAGACCGUGCUUUGGAUGCCAUGAGAGAUUUCGGUGAUGUAACCUUUGAAACAAGUUAGAAAUUUGUUCUAUUAUUUUAGCCCGUAGAAACUUUUCUGUUUGACAAGGUGGAAAGUGCCAAAUAUUCAAUGAUCUUCAACCAGAUAUACGCGUAGGUGGACAGGUGUACAUACCCAAUCAUUUAACAGUUGACCCGAACUUAGGAUACAGUGUUUGAGGCGAGAAAUCGGACUACAAGAAGAAAUGAGCGAGUUUGCGACCGUUCAUUGUCUCUGUGGUGUUUUUAUGAGGCUUGAGAAGGUACAAAGACUGCAAGUUACAGGGCAAAUUCCCACAGUCAUUGAACGUUUGUUCUUCAUUAACUACCAUUAUACAACUGGCAGAAGAGAUACGAGUCACUUUCUCGGGUACUUCCUUUGUCGAUUUCAUACCGACAAACACAGAAAAAAAUGUCGUGACUUAAAAACUAUUUUUAAAAACAUUUUACAAUUUUACACAAGAUUUUCACGGAUACUGUUUAAUUAGUCUCAUGGCUGGUGAAAACCGGAUUAUGUAGCGAACAUUUAUAAGUUAUGUUAUAUACUAUUGUUGACAAUUAGCUUGGCGCAAUUAACGAACAUUUUGAACUCUGGAUGAUAUUUGUUUUAUCUAUACCUGUUUAUUGACAUUUAUAAUUUAUGAUUUUGUAUCGUACUCGUACAUAUGUAGUGAGCAGAAUUCUAUGUUAAGUCACUUUAUGGGACACAAAAUUGACAAGAUGGAUGACUUGCAAUUGGUAUAAUUCUUUCCAGGUUUUUGUGCGACAUUCAUAAUGAAAAAUACAUAUCCGCAUCUAGUGAAUGAUUGCGUAGCCAGACCUGCAUCCAUUUAAAGAAGCCGUGCUUUUGAUUUUAUUAAUUUACAGAAAACUACAAAAAGAUUGAAUAAUUGUUUAAUGACCAUACACCUGCAAAGUAAAAGCAUUCAUCAUUGUUCAAAAAGAGAAACGGCAUAAAUCAAGUCUGUAAAUCUUUUGGUAUUAGGACAUGGACAUUUCCCUACUUUCAAAUCAAGGACACUUAAAAAAGUGUCCAAACCGGAAUCUAGCCAUUAUCAUGUUGACGUUCCAUUGUCAUUUGCUAGGCAUAUUCCAUAGUUAUUACCUUUGACUUGGAAACUAUAGAAUAUGCAGUUAGUGUGAUUGAUAUAUUAUAGACUCGAACGGUUGUUAUUGCUCCCAGUUUCUCAGUCUACAUUUAAAAACUUCUAAAGACGGAGGGUUAUCGAUGAGGACAAUUUAACUUAGUCGAUUAAAUCGACUAAAAGUAGUUUUCGUAUAAUAUCUCAACUGAGUAGCUUACCUUAGCUUUUCCUAACCGGCUGGGAAGGUUUUAGUUUGAGCUUGUGUUAUGACUCUUGAAGUGGGCUAGUCCAUCGUGUGCUGUUCUACCCUAUGUGACUCAUGUCGUGGGCAACGUGUGUAUACACAGUUAUGUAUCCAAUUAUGCAAAGGACAUGGUGGCCAAGAAGUACUUUUGUCUCGAUGAUACCUACAGAACUACAUGUCACUGGAUUAUUAUUUUACUUUACUGUCUCAGACUGGAUGGUGCUAGUUAUGGGUUGCUUUGGAAAGCAUUCUAAUGGUUGGGUGUUUUCUACUUGAAUCCUUAAGAAUUUAUGUACUCCAUCCCUCAGCUGUAUACCUUCACAUCUGUGUCAGAUUUUCUUUCUUUACCUUCAUAGCUUGUGGGAUAUGCUGUUUUUAAAUCUCCCAAAAACCGAGUGCUAUCCUGUAUGUACACCCUCAUAGCUUCGUGCUAAUCACUAUCUAUAUUUUCACAACUGUGUGACAUACACAACUGUAUAUCUAUAUAGCUGUGUGAUAUUUUAUACCUACAUUUACAAAUGAGUGAUACGAGCAUGUUGUAUUUGUACCUUCACAGCUGCGUGAUAUUCUGUAAAGGAGAAGAGUGUGUCUCGCGUCCUUACUCUUAGUUUAAUCCAAUUUUUCGUAAUGUGUGUUGGUUAAAAGCGGGACAAAACCAACACAAGCUACUGCGAACCGAGCUAUUGAAAGCUCCCAUGACAAACGACUGUUAUUUAGACGUGCUGCUUCAAGACAUUUACCUGGUGUUUUCCGUUCGAUUACUUUGGAUUAGGAUACUUAGGGCUGUGAUAAUUGACAGAUUGGCGGUGGUGGCUACUUGGAAGAAGAUAUGUGUAAUACAGAUAACCAUUACGAGCAACCUGAAACAAUACCAGUGGCUAAAUAUGCUUUUAUCAGAGAACAUGUCAAUAUAUUCAACGGUGUUCUCAUUCGCACCAUGACUGUGUGCGUUGAUAUCCGUUCACAUGACGCUUCGCUCUUUGCUAAGAGCUCAAAUCAUUUGUUGUUGAGCACUUUUAGUUUUAAGUUUAAGGGCGUCGCUGAAAAGAACCAUGUAUCCAAAAUGUUCAUUCAGUUAGUCAGGAAGUUGGUAUUCUCAUGAACUGGUGUCCUAAGUAUUGGUUUAAAAUUGGCAGGCGGUGAGCAGAAAAUCUUUUAUCAUACGACAUGUAUUAGGGAAGCAUCUUAUGAUUGGAAGACAAAUGUCUUAUGUACCAACUGACCCAUUUGUCCAAAAACAGAAGCUACACUGGUAUCCCAGUAUUUUAACGGAAAUAAUGGUGUCCUUAUGGGUCAAAUGUAAGAAAUCUACGUCACAUUUGUUAAAUAAAAUGUUGCUGAAAACUUGUGGAGUAAGUGUUCCACAAGUCCUGAAGUUGAUCAGGAAACGCUUAAGGUCUAACUGUACACUUUGAAAAGCCAGUGCUCUUUAGCUUAACUUGACGCUGUGCUAGUGAGUCCAUUCACAUUGCUCUCAUACGUGUUAGUCAGUUUAAUGCUGUUGGCAAAGACGGCUGACUUAGUUCACUUCUCUGUGGUAUCCAGGUUACCAUCCACUUGAUCAAGUGCUUCAAAAGGGCGUAUACUGGAUAUGAUCUUUUCAAAAGUAUGUGUCAAAUAUUUGUUUUAAGAUAUUUACGGUGCAAGGCAUCUUUUAAGUAUUUGUGUAGUGUGGGUCAUCCGAGAAUUCCUUCAUAUUGAAGGCGUUGUUUGUAAAAACAAACACUUAAAGACCGUAAUCGAUCGGGAGAAGUAGGUAUUUCCUUGCUACGAUCAAAUAAAAAUAUCCUUGUUAUUAUA